AUGCCGAACGGAAAUCGUAAACUUUUCGCUUCACUGCUACGUUUCCCAAAACGUGAUGUGUUUGAUUGUGUGCCGUUGCAUUAUCUUGUACUAAAGAUGAGCGGCAUGGGCUGCAUUACUCCUCGAGCAGAUGUUCGAAAUGGAUCUACCAUCACGACGUUCUUGGAUGUUGGGCUUUUUAUUACGAAUUUAAUGUUGGCUAUAAGCAUGAUGAUUUACGGAACAUUUAUCGCACACCAACAUGUCCUGCAAUCCCCUGUCAUGUAUAUCGGAACAAAGCUGGUCAAUUUCACCUGUUAUGGAUCUACUAUCUAUGGUCUGAUGAGCUGCUUUAUAAAUCGACAUGAAAUCUGGAAAUUCUAUAAUGAAGCCUUCACUAUCGAUGGCAUGCUGCACAAGCUUGGAGAACGAACCAAUUUCAACCGCAGCUUUGUUUUAUUCGUCACCUACUAUGGCCUUGCCAUGGGUACAUGUAUAAUACUAAUUGUCGUGAUAUACCAAGAGAAUAUGUGCUGGAUGCUGUUGUUAAACAUGAGCUACUCCUACUUUUGUCUUACAACAUUUCACAUCGUCAGUUUGACAUGCUUGGACGUGAUAUGGGUGCGCAAUUUGCGUUUGAAUAGAGUCUUUCAGAAAAUUGGAUUUUCUUCGGAAAGAAAUUUAAACGGAGCCACACAGCUGACGGUUCAUGGUGCAAAUGACAUUCUGCAGUUCCGACAAAUCAUGCAGAUAUUCGAUCUGAUUUGUGAUUUGGCCGAUAAAGGUAGUUUUUACUAUGGCAUACAGAUGAUGAUCAGUAUGGCUGGUUCGUUCAUAUAUUUGCUUUUCUACACGUUUGCUUUUACGUUAGUUAUUCGUUCGGUACUGCCAUUUGAAAGUGUAUUCAAUGCAGGGUCUAUUAUAUCUUACAUGAUGUUUGCGUACAAUGUUCUAAUAGUGGCUUUAUUUGGAAACUCUAUAAAACAACAGGGAAAAUUUACAUCCCAACUGAUUGACCGUGCCAUCAAUGCGACAAAUAAUCCCGGAAUAAUCGAGAUGCUCGAAAUAUUUUUAUUGCAGUUGGGACAUAGAACACCCCUAGUUACAUGUGGAUUGUUUCCAUUCGACUGGACUUUAUUUUUUUCGAUUCUGUCUACUGCAGCAACUUAUAUAAUCAUAUUAUUGCAAUUUGAAAGUGCUGGAAAUUCCACGACUUAA